UAGAAAAUCUCUAACUACACAAUGGAAGAUACUUUUUAUGGAGAAGAAGAUACAGAGCAAGAUAAUCUUGAAGGAGUCAAUUUCUUUAAUUUCUCAGGCAAGAACAAGCCGAUCCAAAGGAGAACUAAGAUCAAGAGGAACUCUGACAUUAGGCCGAGUCAAGCCCUCUCAGCUUUGAAGUUCUCAGGUGGAAUCCAUAACGUUAUUAUCUCUAAAAAGGACUCAAGCAUCAGGAAUAAGUCUCUGAGAAGGGCAGAUGAGUUCUUUAGUAGUAAUCAGCCUCAUUCUCGAGGGAAGUAUCAAGGAAAUAAGUCGCAUUUGAGACCUCUGAAGGGAUUCAACCUGAACCAAAAUGAGGAAAUCACUGGUGGUCCGAAGAUCAUAAUCGAUGAUUAUAAGUUGUACUCAUUGAAGCAUAAGUUUGGCAAGCCUUCUAAUGAUAAUACAUUAAGUAUGUUGCAGAAGCUUAAUAUCAAAAAGAUGAUUUUAAAGCAGGAUGAUAUUGAGAAUAAUUAAAGGAAAUUUUUGUGAGAUCGCUCAGUAUUUAAAAUUAAAAUAAGUCUAUGCUAGUAGAGCGGUACAUCCGGAGGAACUGAUCAAUGGAAGGUCAAAGAGAUUCAAAUAUCUUCAAAGCUAAAUAUUCUAGAAAAGGGCCAUUAUUUGGUCAAAAAUCCUUGUCAAGAGAUUCUCCAUCCAAAAGAGAAAUUAUAAAGAAUAACCAGCAUUACACAAAGAUUAGCAACUCUCCUUUAAGACCUAGAAGGAAGGUGAAUAGCUAUUCCAGUGGAGUAGAGUUUCAAAUUCCUUCUUUAAAAUCAAGCCCAAGUGUGAAGGAACAGAGGAAUAGGCUAUAUUUUCCUAAAGGUAGCAGUGCUAGCUGUAUGGAAUACUUGAAUAAUUCUGAGAUUAAGGAUCCCUAUCAAGCCCUUGGUCAGAGUAACUCUCCUAUAAAAUCAAGAAAACACCACCAUUUACCUGCCAUUAUCACUGAAAAGAGGAGCUUGAUUCGAGAAAUACUGAACAAGAGUGUCAAGAACAGGAAAAGAGGGAAUCUUAGUCAAGAUCUUUAUCACUCAUAA